AUGUCAAACGUAUUUGGAAUAAUUGUAUCGGGUCGUUUCGUGCAGACGGAUUUUGCUCCUGUGUCACAAACUCAGUUUCUCACUACUAUCACAGAGGCAGACAAUAUUAAUCACCUGGUAGUGUUUUUAACGGGUCUGGCCCCACUGCCGGCUGGCACCGCGGGCAUGGUGUACUGGAGCUGGCCGGACCCUACCGCGCCUCCCAACUGGCAACUUCUGGGACAUAUAUCUAAUACCAAACCUUCAGCUAUAUUUAAAAUAGGGACCUUAAAAAAGUUGCAUGAGUUAUCUAAUGAAACUAAGUUCAUAAGUGCAUUUGGACAGCAAAAGAUAUGUCAUAAUGCACAGCUUGGCAUAGCCAUUGAACCAGAAGCUAACAUCCAGCUCCUUGCCUCUUCAGUUGCCCAGCAACAGAGCAACUACAUAACAUUUGCUCAAAAAAUGUUAGAAAAUUUGGUGAACUUUGUAGCUUCAUACUCAGUGACACAGGAGCAGAUGACGCCCACUCCAGGAGUUUUAUAUAUACCUCUAAACACAUUACAAACAUGGUAUCAAAACUUUGAGACAAGACUACAACGAAACCCUAACUUCUGGAAAAGUUAA